ACAAAUCCAUGUGAUAUAUAUAUAAUAAGUAGUUGAAGAAGUAUAAGCCGCGAAAAUCACAAAUAUGUAUCAAUUUAUAUUCCUAAAUGGAAAACAACCAUAUACUGAAAGAAAAAUAUUUUGAGGUGAUAGGAAUAAAAUUUAUAACAUUAUUACUGGUAAUAGUUAUUCAAGAAAUGUAUAUAUUUUCAUCAAUCUAACUUUAUAUAUUAUCCAAAACUGAAAAUUUUUAAAUAAUCCACAUAAAUGAAAUUUGUUUUAAUGUAUCAAAAAUGAAUUAUUUGUACAAUUCAUUCAAUAAUUUAAAGUAUAUUGAAAAUGAAGCAUUAAAAUCUGAAAUCCAAAUGACUCAAUUAUCUCAUGAUAAUUCCUUUAAUUUUCAUGAAAUUAUCGAACAAAUAUUAACAAAAAAUGAAUCAGUUAUCAGUAAUUUCAUUCAUUUAUUGAAUUCAAGUGAAUUAAUUCAACAAGUUAGAUCUUUUACAGUCAAUAAUACUGGUUCUGCAAUAAAUACUGGAAAAAUAUCAAUACAACCAGAAGUGGUUUUAUCUGAAGAAGAAUGGAAGAAAAUUGUGAAAAAUUGUCUGAUGGAAGAAAAUACUGGACAAACUAAAAAUGAACAACAAAAUAACUUUUUAACAAGUAUUCUGAAUAAACUUAAUGAAUUAGUUUCUAAAAGUAAACAAAAGGAAAGAAGUAAUGAUGACUUAGUAGCAUUACUUGGUCCCUUGUUAGCGGUUACACCCAAUGUAAUAGAAAAUCAAAAAAAUAUGUCAGGAAACCAAGAUAUUAAUCAUGAAUUUGAUUGUCAUCUUUAUCAGGGACCGAAAACCCCACCGUCACCCAAAUCCAAGAAAAAAAAUGUGAAAGUUCAUUCUGUGUCACCACAAGAAUUAAGUGACCUGAAGAACUGUAAAGUGUCUGAAGACAGUAAACCAGACGAUAAUCGAUCAGACACAUGUUUCGAUUCUAAACGUACUGCUUCAAGUCAUACCUUAGACAUUCACAAGUCAUCUAUGUACUCAAAUCAGCAUUCAUCCACGUCAACUUUGAAGAAAUUUUAUGCGCCUCAUACAAUCUUGACUAAGCGUGCAUACCCGGAACAUUUAUCGGAUAUCUCUCCUGACUCAAAUAUGCAUUAUAGUCCGUGUAACUUAGAACCAAAAGCUGACCAGUUGCAUCGUAAUAUGUAUCAGUAUGAUGAACAGCAGUACUCAGGUGUCUACAACUGUAAAUUAAAACCCUCCUUUGAACGGUUUACUCAACCACCGUGUACACACUCAAGCAAAACACAUGAAUGCAUCUCAUCGACAGAAAAACUUGUGAGAUCUAGUAAGUAUUGCAAAAAGCUUUCGCGUGAAAUUGAUAACCAACUACUAACUGGUAGUGAAAAGGAGUGCAUAUGUUCAUCAAAAAAAAGGAUCUGCCCGUCCACUUAUAAGCAGUACAAUAAAGGAGAUGAUACCCAGUCAUCGAAUUCAUGUGAUGAACUAACUAUCAAACGUAGGCCGAACCAACACCCACUGAAGUCGAAAAUCUUUGAUAAGUGUACGUCUGAGCAGCACAGUCAUGAUCGUUUAAACUCCAAUGAAACAGACUACAGAUACCGAUAUGUCUUUCCUAAACAACUACAUCCCAUUUCCCGUACUGAAGAAGUAUCACAAAGGCAUCGAAAUGUGUCACGUUAUUCAUUUGUCAAAGAAGAAAAAUGUCGUUAUUUAUCCCAGAAGAAACCUUUUCGGGCACAUGAUAGACAUAACAUGGUUGGUAAACAUGAAUUAAAGUUAGGUUUCCGAUCGUCUUUUAAUCAUACAACUUUGGGUUCUUACUAUCCUGUUAAAAAAGCUUAUUUCGGUACUUCGCAAACAGUGUCAUCACCACCGUCGUGUGGGUUGGUGAUGACUGGAACAAGUUAUCAUUAUAAGUCUCAUAAUGAAGCGUCGGAUAAACCUUACAAACGAGGUUUGGCACACCACAAGCAAGGACGUCAAACUGUGUACAAAGGACCUCCUUCUCCACAUACCGUGGCGCGCAGUUAUUACACUUCCCUGAUAAAAGACUCUCCUUUAUCACCCCCAGAAGUUGCAUAUAGAAUAAAUCACCCAUGCAAACGCUACUUGAAUUCCAACUAUUCGGACUCCUGUGAAACUUUAAAUAAUCACAAUAAUACUGAUAAUCGUAGAGCGAAUUGUCUGAAGCCAGCUUCAUUUAAAGAAGUGUUCAAUGAAUCACGCAAUUCAUCUUUGUCUUCGGCAUCAUCAAUCUCAGCCUCUGGAGAAGAGAAAAUAGGCAUGAAGGCGAGAUUACAUUCUGUGAUUUCUGGUAUGCCAGACGGAUCUGAGACUGUGCAGGCUAUUGACAGUAGUAGUAACGGAAGAAAUUACAAAGGUGUACAUAGUUCUACAUUGUUUAAAACUAUCAGCUCAUCAAAAAGCUCAUAUCAAAGUUCCAAGCAGUCUAACUGGCCAGCUACUAAGGAUGUAGGAAAAUACAGUUCAUCCAAAAUAAACAGAUACAUAGAGCUACCAUCAGCAUCUACAAGUUGUGCGAGUACUGCUGUGAAGCUUGCAGAUCAAGAUAAUAUAAGCAAGAGUUGUAAAGGUGAUUUAGUCAAAGAAUGCUACAUUCCGAAACCAAAAGAAAGGAGUCAGACUGCACGUUCAAGAAGUACAAGUAGCAGCAGAAGUCAAACUAGUACCAUAACAAGUGACAAAAGCAGAAACGCAAGCUAUACUAGCAGUCAUAGACGUGAUUGUACUAGCAGUGGAAGUAGCAGUAUCAGUAACAGUGUAAGCAGUGUUAGUAGGCACUCUACUUCUACCUUAUCCAGUUACGAAACCCAUAGCUUAAAAGAUGAAGAAGAUAGCUCAGAUUAUCGUGACAGCCAAAAGUCCCACUGUCUUAUCUCCACCGGUUCCAAAUCCCAUCAAUUCCUUACUAGUAAGAGCCUGAACAAAGAUGAAGAUAAGCAGGACGAUUGUGUUAUUCACGUACUGUCUAAUACUUCAGUGGAAGACUUCCCUUCUGAAAGCAAAGGAUCAAACAUUAAGUCGGCUUCAACUGUUCAGCGUUGUGAGAGUAAGGAUGGCAAGAUAAAAUUGCAGUCAUUUUCAAAUUGCAGAAUAUCAUGUCAAUGUUGUGGAGAAGGUGAGACGAAUUCAACAGGAAGCGACAAUUUAAAAAUCAGUGGAAUUAUUUUAAAAGAGAAGGGAUUGGAUGUGAAACAAUCAGGACUCACAAGUAUUGGGGAAAAAUAUAUUUAUGAUAACGAUAAAGGUUCUUACAGAAAGGAAUUAGCAUGUGAUAACUCUUCAUUCGUAAGUGAGUUCAAGAACUCACCAAAGAAGUAUGAAAUAAAACCACAUGGUAUAGACAGUUAUGAGUUGAAGCAGGAAGAAUCUAAUAUGAAAAAACUUAAAAAAUACUCAAACUCCAUUAUGCAUUUUGCAUGGAACGAGAGGAAAACUAGAAAAUGUAAAGAUACGAAUAAGAUAAGAUCUGUUGUCGUUAUAAAUAACGACAUACGGAAAAGGAUGAAUGUGGAUUUGAACUGCAAGUUAGGCAGAAAUACUAAUCAAGAUUAUAAUGAGACAGAAAUAGAGAUAGGUGAUAGUAACAACACUACAAAGACAGUGGUAACCCUACCUGAUGAUGAAGUGAGACGACGGCUAGCUUAUGAGGAAAGUGAUUACACUGACAACGACAUGAAGGAAGACAGUGAUGAUGACAACGUAGAAAAUGUUAGCAAAGGGGAAGAAGAUAAAAACGUUGAGGAGUUAGCCGUGGAAGAGGCAGAAAGACAAGACGAUGCAGAAGAGGAAGGUGAAGUUGUUUCAGAUGGUACAAGCGAGAAUGGAGAAGAUGAAAAAGGACGUUGCACAAAAAGUUCAUGUGGAUACAGUCGGUUGCAUAGUAUUCAUCGUUUGAAUUCUCAUAUUUGUCCAACCGAAGCACGUGAUCUAUCCGGUAAACCUCGAAUGAAAACUGAUAGGUAUGACGCCAGAAUCAUUUCUUCCGAUGGAAAACUCAAAAAUGGAAUCAAUUUGUCAAUUAAGCAUCAUUACUAUAAAAAAGAUGAUAGAGGAGAAAGAAUAGGUGCAAGAAACUACACUAGCUAUCCUAAAUAUUACUCCUCAUGCUUGAAACCACCACAUUUUAUUCACAGAAACAGAAUAUAUCACAGAUUAAAACUUCAUGAACAUUCAUCUCGAAGUCACCAUCACAAAUAUGGAACCUAUCCCGGAAGAUUUUUCUCAUCAUCGCUGAGAAAACAAAUCUUCUUUAACAGGCUACAUUCUAGUAGAUAUAAACCUGAAGAAAGACAGGACACCUUAAUUAGAUCUGAUAAAAUUAGUGCAGAAAAGCAUUUUAAAUACAUACCCAGUGAACUAAAGUAUGAAAAAGAAGACCGAAACAAGUUUAGUGAAUGUGAACGAACAACCCGUUUCAAGUCUGACAAACACAGUAGCUCCAAGUCUGGUAAUCUGACAAAUCUAACAUCUCCAACAUCUACUUCAAUGAAAUAUUCAGCAAUGACAUCUUCAGCUCAUCACGAUUCCUCUCAUAGGCAUUAUUUGAAACAUAGCUUCCAUAAGACUAGGAAUGAUGACUUUGAUCACGAAAACCAUAAAAUCCUGAGUGGUCAAUCAAAAAACACUCGCUAUAAGACUGUUUCAAGCUAGUGCUCUUAUCAGUUCAUUGUGUUACAAAAUGAUAUGAUAUCUAAAUUUUGUUGUUUAAUUUGUUGCAGUUACUAGUCUGUAUCUAAUAAGUUUAAACUUUUGAAAGUAAUUGUUCGUUUGUUAAUGCUCCAAAAAAGUUGUUUAUUUUGUCUGAUAAGUUGAAAAAAAUGCCAAAAU